AUGAACGACUACGAGAAGAAUGUCAACGGUGACGUUGGAACUGGAAGUCUAGAAACAUCGACGAUACCUGUUCCAGAUGGAAAAUACGAUAUCAACGACCCCGAACAUGAUGCUGUCUUUGGUGAACGAAAGGAGGGAGCUGUCAACUACAGGUCUAUGGGAUGGAUGCAAGCUACUAUUGUCAUGUUGAAAACCAUCAUCGCCUUGGGUGUUCUUGCGAUGCCUACUGUGCUUUCUGCAACUGGAGGUGUACCUGGGUCGUUGAUUAUUCUUGCCAUUGGUUUGAUCACUACAUGGACGGGUCACGUUGUCGGUUUAUUCAAAAAGAACCAUCCUGAAGUUUACUCGAUGGAUGGUGUUGGAUAUAUUCUAGGAGGCAGAUGGGGUCGAGAGUUCUUCACCGUCGCCUACCCUAUGUUUAUGAUCUUCUUAUCUGGUUCCGGUUUCGUCGCUAUAUCUAUCGCCUUCAACGCUGUCACGGCUUACGGCACAUGUACCGUGGCCUGGGUAGUAGUAGCCAUGGUGGGUACCUUUGCACUCGCCUCAAUUCAAACCUUGAACAAGGUGUCUAUUCUUGGUUGGAUCGGUUUUGUUUCCGUCAUGUCUGCUAUUUUGAUCAUCACUAUCGCCGUCGGCAUCCAAGACCGACCGACCACCGCCCCUCAAGUUGGGGCCUGGGACAAAAAGGUCUUUGCCGUCAACCAUGAAGGUACUUUCCUUGGUGGUAUGGGUGCUGUCAGUACUGUUGUAUUCUCUUACUCUGGUACACCAGCCUUCUUCAACGUUGUCGGUGAAAUGCGAAAGCCUCGAGAUUACGACCGAGCUCUUUACUGGUGUCAAAGUAUCGUUACCGCAACCUAUUUAACAAUCGGUAUCGUCGUUUAUUACUUCUGUGGACAAUACUUGGCGAACCCUGCUCUUGGUUCCGCUGGUGUGAUCGUCAAGAAGGUAGCGUAUGCGGUUGCACUCCCCGGAUUGUUCGUAUCCGUCACUAUUUACACGCAUGUCGGUGCGAAAAUGAUCUUUGUUAGACUUCUUCGAGGAUCCGAGCACCUUACCGCUCACUCUUUCGUUCAUUGGGCUGUGUGGCUCGGCACUGUCGCAUGUUGUGUUGUCCUCUCCUUCAUCUUGGCUGAAUCUAUUCCUUUCUUCGGUGACCUUGUCAACUUGAUCGGUGCUACUCUCGGUACAUUCAUGUGCAUGAUUGCAUGCGGCUGGAUGUGGUUACACGACAACUUGCGUCGACGCAAGGAAGACAAGUCACUGUACUAUAAAUCUUUGGUUGCCUGGAAUGUUUUCAUCGUCCUCGCCGGUGUCUUCAUCGUCAUCACCGGUACUUGGGCGGCCGUAGUUGGCAUCAGGAACUCCUACUCUACUGGAUCGAUCAGCAGCCCGUUCUCAUGUGCGGACAACAGUAACUCUAGUUAG